AUGUCUCCUUUGCGAGAUUACCUGUACCGCGUCUAUCCAGAUGCUGCACCAAGUUUAAAGGCAAAGGUAGGAGGUGUGGAAGAUCUGAAUGAUGGUGAUGGCGGCGAUCGUGUAGAGUUAGGAAAUCGACACGAUGACACAUUUAGUCAUGUGACUUCAAGUUCGCUUACUACUGCGCCAUUGGAUAGCAUCCCAGAUGCAUCCAAGUCCGACCUUCCUGGAAACUCCACCGACAUCUGGCAAGAUGAUUAUUUCUGGGAGGGACUCACCGCUCAAAUAGAUGCAUUUGACAUGUCAGGUGGGAAUCCAGACUUGCCGCUCUUACCUCCCUACCCACACAGUCCUGCAUCUGCUCUCAAUUCACCAUCGUCUCCGACAACUCCACCACUCUCUCCACCUAGCCUUCCCACAGACACUUUCCCUGGAGCUUCAGCGCUACCUCCAAACGAAUCCCCCGCAACUCCAUCGAUUUCUUCAUCUCAGCUUCCCGCAGACACUUUCCCCAAGGUUUCAACACUACCUCUGAACGAAUCUCAGUCCUUGCCAAUCUCGGUGCCACAGAGCUCACCCGCACCUCCUUCGACCACUCUGCCUCCUACGCCAGCUUUGCAUCCACGCAGGACCGGUCGCAUGUGUGUUCCUUCCUUGCGCAAUGUUAUUGCCAAUAGCAUUGGCGAUGAUCAUAAUGCUGGCAAGCGUCGUGGAGUGGCAGUUGAAACUGGCGUCUCAGGCCACAAAAAGAGGUCAGUCGAUAACAUCUUCUAG